CGCCUUCGCCCUCAGUCAUUGUCACUGUCGCUGUCGCAGUCGAAGUCGAAGUCGCAGUCGUUUCUCGCCUUGUCCGUUGGUGUUGUUAUUUAUUUAUUUAUUUUUUUGCUGCUGCUGCUGCUGCUCUUGUUGUGUGUGCACGUUUUAUUUAUUGUUGUCGUGUGUUAUUUGUUUGUUUGUGCUCUUUUUUUUAUGGUGCCAGUGCCAACUUACCUGAUAUAAAAAACUCAAACAAGGUGCGCAGACCCGGAGUCAGGGCCACGGCACAUGUUGUUAGUUAAACCAGCGCCCCAAAACGGCUGUCCCACAGACCGGGACACUUACCAAUAAGUAAACCCAAAAAACAAAAACAAAAAACAGAACGGAGAAAAGAAAAACUGAAACAACUGAAACGAAACGAAACUAAACGACGUAAACGACAGCCCCCACUUCAGAGAACUUCAGCUAAAGUUACAGUUACUCUCUGCGUGUAACAUUCGCAGCAUGCUUUUAGCUUCAGCCCAGUUAUUGCUGCUGCAAUAAGCAAUCGCCAAAUCACACACACACAACUACAACAACAACAACAGCGUAAGGAACUACAAAAACAAACAGAAAUACACAAAACGUGCUGCGUGCGCUGCUUCGCUAAAUGCAGUCGACGUCAGCGUUGACGUCGCUGUCGUCACAGUCACCGCGUAUUAUGGGCCUAACCAAACAGCAACAACAACAGCAGGAAGAAGAAGAACAUCAACAGCACUUGAUACAAAAAUAAACAAACAAAAUCAAUCAAUUAAUCAAUCUGUGAACGCCCACGCUCACGCCCACGCCCACGCGCACUUCAAACUGCAACAGCAAAAACAAGGACAACAACAACAACAAAAAGCAACAACCAUGUUCCAGUCAAUUGCACUAGCGCUAGUUCUGGUCACCGCCCAAUCUCUGGCACAGCUACCGAAGGAUGCGAAUGCGAACGCUGCCCUCCAGCUGCAGGCAACCGAAACGCAGGCAGCCGCUGCCGCUGCCGCCGCCGCCGCAGCAGCAGCGACGCCAUUCGGCAGCAAGCAGCUAACCAGAUGCCGCCAAAGCUGCUAUCAGCAGUUUUCGAGGGAUUGGCAUUAUUGCACGGAUUUCGUUGAUUGCAAAAACUGCUGGCAAAACUGCCAAAGGCAGUUGGCUCCCUUUGAGCUGCGCGUACACCACGCCCAGCGUCAGGGUGCUCUGGUGCUGACCGACAUCGGUUGGGACGAGCUGAUUGCGAACGCAUCCCGUCAAUGCCUGAUCACCUGGGAGGUAUCCGGCGGCGGCCUUAUGGGCAACCUGCUCACAGACACAGCACGCGCCGAGCUAUCACUCUGGCCGGAUACGGUCUACAACAUACAGGUUACCUGUAAGCAUAAGCUAACGGGCCUGAUGCGUCGCUCACUGAAGCUCAAUGUGGACACACAUCAGCUGCUGUCGGCGACAGCGGCAGCCAAUCGUUGGACAAAUCCAAGCCUGUUGCCCUUCGUGCCCGUGACAGCACCAGUUACAACAACAACAACAACAACAACAACAUCAACAUCUACAACAAAAAGACCAACAACAAUUUUGCAACGUUCUCGACCCACGGACCGUGUGUACAUAAUCAGUGCGCUGCCCACGGCCAGCCAGUUGAGCGGCGUUGUGUAUCCGGCAUUUGGUGCGUUCGCCUUCUUCCUGGCGCUGCUGGUCAUGUUCCUGUUUCUGCGUCCACAGCGCAAGCGGGCGUCUGAUGGUGAUGCGGACACCGCCUCGCUGCUAAGCGGACGUCGCUCGCGGCUCUCCAUGGACAACUCUACGCUGCAUGUGUAGGCGGUCAAAAAGCGAAGUGAGCAAAGAAAAUACAAAACUGAAAAACAACAACAAAAACAACAAAAACAACAAAAAAAGAAAAGAGAACUUGUAGUCGUAUAUGUCUGACUAUGUGAUAUUCUGCACCCAAAUUGUACAUAGCAUAGACAACACACACCCAAACACACACACACACCCACAUACACACACACACACCCACAUACACACACAACAUAUAUGUAACCUACAACAACUACAUCAUAUACUUAACAUACAUAUACGUAUUAAACCAUAUGUAGUUAUCGAAACAAGUAUCUUACAUCAAGUCCAAAAAGCAUAGAAGAAGAG